GUGUACAUCUACAUUUAGCAGAUCAUUUCACGUUGAGUUAAUCCAGCUUCUAGGAAAGGUGAAUCUUCUCGCGAAAAGUGUUCACUGAACGAUGAUUCCAUUUCAAUGGUUAGGCUUCCUGCUGUUGGCUUCAAGUGUGAAAUGGUCUCUUUGCGUGAGGAACGAAUCCAAGUCUGCUAUAAUCCCUCCGUUAUUUCGGUACGACAAUUACAACAAAUGCGGGUCAACGUUCUGCAGUGUUGCAAUACAUUUGACAGCAAAGGGUGAUGAACUAACGCAGGAAUCAAACAGGAUGAUAGCCGGCUAUCGCCGAAAUAACCUGGCAUGGGGUGUUUGCAUUGCAGAUUGCGAGGCUGAACUGGCUACUGCAAGCCUAGCGGACCAGCAACAAUUGAUUCAACCUAAGUUCAAUAUUGGAGAUUCGUACAUGUUGCAAGUUUGGAACGAUCAAUCGAAUAAGUUCAAUAUGAAAUAUGCCACGUUAUUGAAUGCCUGUGUCAACAAUCGUUUGAAGCGUGCUUACAACCUGACUCAGCGUGGCUUCCCGAACAUCCAGUACUGCGUAACGAAUGAUCCUGCCGAGCAUCAGUUGGAAAGAGACUUUUGGACGAUUGCAUUUAUUGUUUUAGUACUAGUUUUAACUUGUACUAUUCUAAUUACUAACGGAAUUGAACUUUUUGUAUCAAACGCUGUUUUGAAAGAUAACCUGAUCGUAAACUGUUUCGCAAUCCGCCGAAAUUGGGCUCGUCUUUUGGAGCAGCCAAACUCUGAGCUAUAUCGGGAUUUCGGCUACAUUGAUGGAUUACGAAUUUUCAUUAACAUAUUCACUCUGAUGAUUCACUCUCUAGUGGUGAGUGCGGUUCUUCCUCAAAACAAUCCUGAACAAGUAGAGAAAAAUAUUCAUAAUCCAGUUAUAAUGACCUUUGUCGCUUUAACUCCCAUAAGUGUUCAAAGUUUCUUAGUCAUAACUGGCAUGCUGCAGAUGAUAAACUUUUUAAAGAACAUUCAGACAAACACCAAAUUCGAUGCUAGCUAUUUCCGAUCAAAAAUCAUAAAUCGGAUGAUUCGACUACUUCCAGUCUAUUACUUCUUUCUGCUGUUUACAAUCGUCUGUGACAACCUUCCCGGAGUAAACUUAAGUAUUGCUGGAUAUCUAACCAUGACUACCGAACGGCUGGUUUGUCGGCAGCACGGUUGGAAGAAUCUUCUUUUUAUAAACAACUUUCCCGAUGUGAAAAAUGAAUCUUGUUUUCUUCACGGUUGGUAUCUGGCUGCCGAUCAGCAACUGUUUCUUUGUUCAUUAGCUUUAUUAGCGCUGAUUUGGAAGUUCCCUAGAAAAACCAAAACCGUACUCUGGAUAGUAGGCGUGGCUUCGAUAAUCGUUCCCACGAGCAUCGUUCACUAUAUGGGAUUACAUUCUUUGCCUCCAUUGAAUCUCCAGGAAACACGUUUUCUGUUAUACUAUCAGCCUUGGUUCAACUAUAUCUAUCAACCAGGUUAUUCCAACAUGAACGCAACAGUGGCUGGAUUAGUGGUUGGAUAUUUGUACCAUCAAACGAAAACCGGAAAAAGCAAACCAGGGUUUUCCAAGCAGAUGAUACCAGUAAUGUUGCUGAUUGUUGGAACCGUAUUUGGAACAAUUCCUCUGCUAUACAUAUACGCUUUACCAUUUCCUUCAAUACUUAACACACUUCACUUUGUACUAUAUCGAAACUUCGGAAUAUUUGGUGCCUGUGUCUGCUUCAUAUACUGCUUCCUAAAUCCUCCAGGCAUAAUUCGACGUAUUUUGAGCACUCGCUUAUUUACCAGUCUAGGAAAGUUGUCAUACAGCGUCUAUGUUCUUCACAUUCCCUUGCUGCGGAUAGCUUUCAAUUACGUUCCGGUACCGGUUGAAGUUUCCCAUUCGAAUACAGCUGUAUUAUGCACUGCAUUAGUCGUAGCAUCUUACGCACUAGGUUUAGUGACGUAUCUUGCGAUAGAACAGCCCAGCAGUCUUCUACUCAAACAUUGGUUCUUUGUUAGCAGAAAGACAAAGAAAACCUAGAACUUUGUUUGAAGUGAAACACCCAAGGCUGAACAAUUUUUGCCUUUAUAUACGAUUAUUCGACAGUUUGAACUUGGCAUCCGGUUAUACGGUGAGCUUAACGAAACAAUACUUUUCAAGCACAAUAAAUAUUGUUUCUU